AUGGCAAAGCAUCAUUGGCUGUUUUUACAAUAUGAAGAACUAAUACAACUCCAGCAAAUCAAUGGAUUAGAUAUAGGAUCUUCUUUGCACAGCCGAACAACUGCCACUCGAAUGGUAAAUGUUAUAGCAAAUGAAAUACGCAAACGACUCAUUACACCUCUUGUACAGUCAGAGUCAAAAUUCACUAUAAUGACGAAUGAAUUACCCACGCUGAGCUCUAAGUGCAAGUAG